AAAAUAAAAAAAGAAAACAAAAGAAAACCUAGCUGCCGUUGUUUUACAGCUGUUGGUGCAACAUAAAAAAUCUCAAACAGUCGAAAUUCAAUCAAGGUUUGAAGAUUUAUGGUUCUUAAUCUCCCUGGAAGAUCUUAACAUCGAAGACCCAAAGCUUCGUUUUCUCAACUGCCACUUCAAAGAUCAAGUUUGGAAUGCCAAAAUCUUUGAAGGAGAAUAACAAUUCCAUGUUUACACCAAAGACACCCCAUUUCUUCAAGAUCAUUUUAGAUGCCAAUAUUCGAGAUAAGAAGCUUGAGAUUCCUGGAAAGUUUGUGAGAAAAUAUGGAAAUGGGUUAUCAAAUUCAGUGUUAUUAACUGUUCCAAGUGGUGAUACAUGGCAUGUUGAGCUGACAAAAUCUGAUGGUAUUGUUUGGUUGCAAAAUGGAUGGCAAGAAUUUUCUGAGUAUUUCUCUCUCAAGUAUGGGCAUCUCCUGGUUUUCAAAUAUGAAGGUAAUGGCAAGUUUCUGGUACUCAUAUUUGAUACGAGUGCAUCAGAGAUUGAAUAUCCAUGCAAGAGCCAUAUUGAAGAUCAGGAGAGUGAUGAUCAAAUGUGUCUAAAACCUGUCAAGGAAGAACCUAAAGAUGACGUUUGUGAUAAACCCUUGCAUGGGACUCCUUCAUGCAAGGAAACUAAGAGGAAGAAAUCACGAUCACUAUGUUCUAACGCAGAAUAUCUAUGCAAGAGCUAUAUUGAUGAUCAUAAGAGUGAUGAUCAGUUGUGUCUAAAACCCGUCAAGGAAGAAGCUAAAGAUGGUGUUUAUGAUGAAACCUUGUAUGAGACUCCUCCAUGCAAGAAAGCUAGGAGGACUAAAUCACAAUCACAAUGUUCUAAAAUUGAAUAUCCAUGCAAGAGCCAUAUUGAAGAUCACAAGAGUGAAGAUCAAGUGAGUCUAAAACCCGUCAAAGAAGAAGCUAAAGAUGAUGUUUGUGAUAAAACCUUGUAUGAGACUCCUCCAUGCAAGGAAACUAGGAAGAAGAAACCGCAAUCACAAUGUUCUAAGCCUCGAAAGAAACUGAAAACUGCUCAAAAAGACAAAAAUAGAAAAGAUUGUGAAGAUGCGUCAACUGAUGAAGAAGGCCUGCAAACCAAGGUUCCUAGAGAUGGACGUGCAUUUGGAGCCAUCGAAUAUGAUAAAGCUCUUCAAAGAGCCUUUUCCUUUGAAUCAGAGAAUCCAUUCUUCCUGGUCACAAUGCAGCCUUCAUACAUUAAUCCUGGUCGAAAAAUGUGCAUACCAAAGAACUUUACUAUGAAGUUCCUGACAAGAGAUCUUGGUGAUUUAACACUUUGCACUUCGGAUGGGAGAACUUGGUCUGCUCAGUACUUGUGCUAUAUGACCAGAAACAAGUAUACAAAAGCAACCAUCCAUAUUGGUUGGAGGCAAUUCAUGCUGGACAACAAUUUGGAAGCUGGUGAUGUUUGUGUUUUUGAGCUGAUUUCGCAAACAGAAAUCAUGUUGAAAGUAAUUAUUUACCGUGUUCGUCAAGAUGCAAGUUGUAGUUCUCCUUUGGGUGGAAUAAACUCUUUGGAAAAUGGUGAUAAUGUAAGCUCAUCAACACCGGGAAGCACAGAGUCUAAGCAUCAUUGCUCGAUUCGAUCACUAACACCCCAUGAGAAAGCAAGAGCAAUUCAAAAAGCCAGUAAUUUUAAAUCUAAAAACCCUUUUUUCAAGGUUGUAAUGCAACCCAGAUACUUGACCAUAAGAUGUAGCCUGAGUAUACCAUACAAAUUUGUGAACCAAUAUCUCGAUGAAGAGAAGGAGGAAGCCAUCCUUCAAGUUUCUGAUGGGCGAACCUGGGUUGUCAAGUUUGCUGUUAAAGUGGUCACUGGUGGACAACAUAAAGCUGAAUUCUCUCAUACAUGGAGGGCUUUUGCACGGGACAAUAACUUGGAAGUUGGUGAUGUAUGUGUCUUUGAGCUGAUUAACCGCAAUGAAAAUUCAUUCAAGGUCUCCAUCUUUUCAGAGGCACCAGGAGCUAAUUCUUCUCUGUCACCGCAAGCUCAUGAUGUGAAAGCCAGUCAAGUUGCAUCCAAAAAUUGCUCGGUACCUAAAAUUGAAGCUGAUGAUGAUUUUGGCAAUUGUUAUGCUGGAAAUCCUGGCCCUGCUGCCCAACCCACUACCAUCGGACAUCAAGAAAAUGAAGAGGAAGUUAAUCCUACUGAUGAUGCUAUAGCCAGUCAAGUUGCAUCUAAAGAUUUCUUGGUGCCGAAAGUUGAAGUUGAUGAUGAUUUUGGCAAGUGUUAUGCCGGAAAUUUUAGCCCUGCUGCCCAAAUCACCACCACAGGAUAUCAAGAAGCUGAAGAGGAAGUCAAACCUACUAUAUCUACAGGACCAAGGGGCCCAUGAGCCAUGUGUACCAAGGUUACAAAUGGUUGGAAGACUUGUGCAGAAGAACAGAACUUGGAAAUUGGUGAUGUUUGCAUCUUUGAGAUGAUAAUUCAAAGGGCCAUGAAUUGUUAGACUGUAGCUAUCUGAAAGGCCCUAGACUAGAGGAUCAAACAUAGGUUUGCCAUAAAAACCUUGUUUAUCUUUGUUGAAACGUAGUUAAACUCACCAUUAAUAAAAGGGUCUGCUGUGGAAUUUCCUUUUCGUCCAA